AAAAUUUUAGGGCUUUAUGCUAUGGUGUCGAGGGCUUUGUGCGCCUUGCCAGUGCUGGGAUGCGUCGGUGGAUCGUCCGUGCGAGCUGCGAUGGGCGCCAGGGGGAUUGCUGCUGGCGCCCUCAUCUGGAGCUCCCGAAAGAGGUGUUUUUGUUCGAUUCACGCGAAUGCAGGUAGCAAUGCGAGCGCCACCGCCGUGGAGGAUGCCGAAAUCCGUCCCGCAAAGAAGCCGGUGGACGAGGCCGUGACGCCGAGGAGCCAGGAUUUCAGUCGAUGGUACCUGGAUGUGAUUGACGCUGCCGAGCUCGCGGAUUAUGGGCCUGUGCGAGGAACUAUGGUGAUUCGACCUUACGGCUAUGCGAUUUGGGAGUUUGUCCAGUCAUGGCUCGACGCAAAAUUCAAGGAGACUGGACAUUCCAACAUGUACUUCCCACAGCUCAUUCCAUACUCGUUCAUCGAGAAAGAAACAAGCCAUGUCGAAGGAUUUAGCCCCGAGCUUGCACUGGUGACUAUAGGCGGAGGGAAAGAGCUAGAAGAGAAGCUUGUGGUGAGACCAACGAGCGAAACCAUGGUGAAUCACAUGUUUGCUCAGUGGAUUCGAAGUCAUCGGGAUCUUCCACUGCUGGUCAAUCAGUGGGCAAACGUGACGAGAUGGGAAAGAAGAACGAAGCCUUUUAUCAGAACACUAGAGUUUUUGUGGCAAGAAGGCCACACGGCCCAUGCAACAGCGCAAGAAGCUGAAGAGGAGGCUCUUCGAAUGAUAGAGGUCUAUCGGACUUUUGCUGUCGAACAAGCUGCGAUGCCAGUGAUCGUAGGCCGUAAGUCGAGACUUGAAAGAUUUGCGGGCGCUACCUGUACGUAUACUAUUGAAGCCAUGAUGGGAGAUCGAAGGGCGUUGCAAGCUGGUACAAGUCACAACCUUGGCCAAAAUUUUGCCCGAGCUUUUGAGACUCAGUUUACGGAUGUAAAUGGUGAUUUGCAACAUAUCUGGCAGACGUCCUGGGGAAUGAGCACCCGCAUGGUAGGAGGCAUUAUCAUGACACACGGCGACGAUAAAGGAUUGAUGCUUCCUCCAAAGCUUGCUCCCAUCCAGGUUGUGAUCGUGCCAAUUUGGAAGAAGGGUGACGAACAAGAAUCUGUUUUACAAGCGGCUCAUAAGGUCGAGAGUCUUGUGAGGGCCGCCGGCAUUCGGGUCAAACUGGACACAUUUGAUCAAAGAACUCCGGGAUGGAAGUUCAACCACUGGGAACUGAAGGGAGUACCGAUUCGAAUUGAAAUCGGGCCCAAAGACGUUGCAAACAACUCAGUUGUAGUUGCUAGAAGAGAUGUUCCCGGCAAGGCAGGGAAAGAAUUUGGCAUAUUUAUGGAGAGAAGCGUUUUGAUUGAUCACUUGCGAGCCAAGCUGGACGACAUUCAGUCAAGUUUGUUGGCCAGAGCGACUGAAUUCCGAGACAGUAACAUAGUGGAUGUCAAUUCUUACGAGGAGCUCAAGGCUGUGAUUGCCGAGGGAAAAUGGGCGAGGGGCCCAUGGUGUGGGAGUGAUGACAACGAGACCACUGUGAAAGAAGAAACUGGAGCCACCAUUCGAUGCUUCCCAUUCGACCAGCCAGAGGCAAAGACGUGCAUUUUCACAAACAAAACUACCCAUGAGGUGGCCAUUUUUGCGAAGUCCUAUUAA